CUGUGGUUAAACACACUUGUGACCUGGUUGUUCCUCUGGGAGGUUCAGUGGUUUUGCCCUGUUUAGUUGGUGAACCCUUACCAAUGGAGGAUCUGGAGGUGGAAUGGAGAAGAUCAGGAGAUAAAUCAGAUUUAGUUUGUCAGUAUCCAGAUAAUAAGAGUCGACCAGAGGACCAGCAGCAGGAUUAUCAUGAUAGAGCUCGUUUCUUUACUGACCAGAUUCAACAUGGAAACUUCUCCCUCCUGUUGAACAAUGUGACAGAUGAAGAUGAGGGAGAAUACAGAUGUAACAUUUUCAGACAACAGAGACGUGUGUUUUCAGUCAGCACAUUUUUGGUACCGAGACUACUUGAUUCAGUCCUCCGUCUUCAUGUGUUUCUGGCCUUCUGUCCAAAUAUCAUCAUGUUUUGUGCUUUUGUCCUCUGGGGUGUUUCUGAAGGAUCUGUGAACGAGACAGUCUUUUGUUGUGUUCUUUAUUUACUGAGACCUCUAAUGUUGCUCUGGGCCGCUCCAGAUAUUGAAGACUUCACAGGGAACAUUUACAGUUUAAUUUAUUAUUGGAGUUAUGAUUCAGAAUAUUUAAUAUUCUCAGCUGUUGUUUAUUCAGUUCUGUUUAAAUCUGCUUUGGACAAAGGUUUGAGUUUUGCAGGAUUGGAAGGAGUCGUGAUAAUUGUUCUCUUUGUGAUAGUGCUGCUGUUCUGCCUCUUCUUUAUCAUUAACGUGUUUGCUAAAAUCUUUGGAAAGUUAAGUGAACGGAUAGCUGCUAUAUUUGCUGUUCUGGCUCGUAUAAGCUUUGAUCUUCUGCCUUCAUUACAAUUCAUCCUCCUGAUCUACACUUUUGGAUCUGUCAGAGGAGGAUUCUUCAUUGUUGCAGUUUUGCCCGUGUUGACAACAGUGACACGAUAUAACUGGGAUUUUCUAUGUGGGGAUCAAAUCGGCUGUUCACCUUUGGUCAGAAGAUCAGUGUGGCUCGUGUUAAUGUCAUUCAUUAAUGCAGUAAUGAUCUAUUUCUGCAUCAUAGCACUGGAAAAUGAAACGGAUUCUGUGGGAUGGGGAUGUUUGAUCGGGUUUCUGCAGUUACUCUGGACAGUUAUGAACUUCACAGCGUCAUUUGCUGAUUGGGAUUUCCCCCGUCUUGUCCCUGUGUACCUGUUUGGAUCAGUUGGUGUUGUUUUAAUAAGCGCUGUUUCACUGAUGACAGAACUGAUACUGAAAACAGUUAAUGGUGAGCGUGCAGUCGGAGAUCUGAGAAUUGUUGUUUUCUCAUGUGAAAGUUUCUUGAUCUUUUUCCUGCUGAUUUUACGUGUAUUUGAACCCUGGAUCAAAACCUGUCUGCAGUCAUGUCAGAAUGCAGCAAGAGCAAGAUCUCAUCGAACUCAAGACGCCAGAUCAAACCAGAACGAGAACCAAAGUUCUCAAAAUGCAGCAGGAUCUGAUGAAACUCCAGUCGCUGGAUCAAACCAGAACCAGAACUCAGUAGAAAUGAAUCCUCUACUACAGGCGCUAAGAUCAGGAGGCUGGACAGAGAAAAGAGACGGAGGAAACUCGGCCUGAUUCAGUCGAGACACAAACAUAAUCAACAAUGAGAGAAAACAAAUGUGUCAAACACUUGUACAUGUUUACUCAAACUCUUAUGAGUGCUGACAAACUGAAACUUCUGAUGUCCUUCAGUUCAAAACAUACAGAUUAUUAUUGUUAUUGUGAGCAUUUUUAUAUGUUGUUUUUUAUGUUUUCUCCUUUUUGAGAAGAGCUGUAAAUAAAUGCAGACUGUGUUUAAGUAAUUGUGUAAUAAAACCGCUUGUUUUGCUUGUAAAUCAGUUGCUCUGUUUUCAUACUUGUGUUAGACAUUGUGCUUUGACCAUAUGAAAAUAAAUGUGCGGUCCAUGUAAAUAAACUCUUGUAAAGUCUAUUAUGAUUUUAUUUUUAAUUUCUUUAAAUAAGUACUUGCACUUAAAUGAGUAAUAAUUACAAGUUCAAUAGAAGCUCGACUCGAUCGACACAAAUAAUAAUUCAAUAAUAACUUGUCUCUUGUUUUCUUGGGGGACACAGUGAGGCACUUACACUGGAAAUAAACUAAUUUUCUAAAAGCACUUUCAUCAGUUCUUCUGUUAAAAGUUGUGUAUUAUUUGAGUUGUUUAAAUCAUCGGUUUUACAGCAUUAUUUCACAAUGGCAAUGAAGUUAAACUGGAUCUGACUUUACACAGAAAAGGUUACUGAGAU